CAACAAAACAUGAUUCUAGAUAAGAUAUCAAACAUGUUUUAUAAAUCAACUGUAGCUGUAAAAAACUCACAAAUACAAUCUAUGAGAGAAUAUCUAGCUAGAUCUAAAAAUAUAGCAUAUUCAUCACUAGAAGAAAUCUGGCCAACUUUGAAUUGGUAG